AUGCCGGACUUCGCCGAGGCGCAGAGCAUCAUCCAGGUCACACAAGCUGCCCUCUACCAAAGCAACAACGAAGUCGCCAAGCUGCAGGCUGCGCUGUCAAACAGUGAUGUGCUGAUCAGAGACCUCCGUCGUGGCAAUGCGGUCCAUUGCAGAGACCUCUCCAUUUGCCAGGCCCGCCUCCGCCAGCGAACCCAAAGAGCCGCUGAGGCGGAGGCCGUGCUUGGCGACUACGUGAAGGCGCUUGUUGCGUGCCAAACCAAGCUCCUGGUGGCGGAGAAGCUGCGCGAAGCACAGGACUCUCCACCCAUCCAGAGUCCACGCUGCCCGGCAGAAUUCCCGGAGUCGGAUGAGGAAGUGGAGGAAGCACCGGCGACAGAUGUCCCGGCUGCAGAGGUGCAGGAGCCCCCGGUGGUGGAAGAGGAGGGAUUCCAGGCAUUAACACAGUCUGUGGAGACAACACAGGCUCCUGACGGGCUGCUGGAAGUGCCAGCACAACCUGCAGCCACAGAAGGUGAACAGACUCACGACUCGCCGCUGCCGCCCUCGACCCUGAAUCUGGCCCCUUCACAGGCGUGUGAGCAUGCAGCCACAGAACAACCAGGCCUGGAUCAAUCUCCACCGCGCGCUCCCACGACAGCCGCGCUGCCCCCGAGUUCCAGGCUGCUGGAAUCCUCUCCAGAGUGUGAGCCCCGCACUGCCGCGCGGCCAGGUAGCGCCGGCCUCUGCACCUCUCCAGAGCAGCACAUCGCUGCAGAAGAGCUCCCCUUCAGCCUGGGCCUCCACGAUGCAGCACAGCACCCACCCGCUGCUGAUCAGCUAUCAACCACCCUGGGCCUCUGUGCAGCACCAGAGCAGCACAUCGCUGCAGAAGAGCUCCCCUUCAGCCUGGGCCUCUACGAUGCAGCACAGCACCCACCCGCUGCUGUUCAGCUACCAAACACCCUGGGCCUCUGUGCAGCACCAGAGCAGCACGUCGCUGCAGAAGAGCUCCCCUUCAGCCUGGGCCUCUACGAUGCAGCACAGCACCCACCCGCUGCUGUUCAGUUACCAAACACCCUGGGCCUCUGUGCAGCACCAGAGCAGCACGUCGCUGCAGAAGAGCUCCCCUCCAGCCUGGGCCUCUACGAUGCAGCACAGCACCCACCCGCUGCUGUUCAGCUACCAAACACCCUGGGCCUCUGUGCAGCACCAGAGCACACCGCUGCAGAAGAGCUCCCCUUCAGCCUGGGCCUCUACGAUGCAGCACAGCACCCGCCCGCUGCUGUUGAGCUACCAACCACCCUGGGCCUCUGUGCAGCACCAGAGCAGCACAUCGCUGCAGAAGAGCUCCCCUUCAGCCUGGGCCUCUACGAUGCAGCACAGCACCCACCUGCUGCUGUUCAGCUAUUCACCACCCUGGGCCUCUGUGCAGCACCAGAGCAGCACAUCGCUGCAGCAGAGCUCCCCCCGAGCCUGGGCCUCUGCGCACCUGCAGUGCACGAGGAAGCCUCUGCCGAGCUGCCUGACACGCUCAGCCUCUCCCCUUCUUCGAUGGGUCAUUCUGCUGCCCACGAGCUUCCUUCUACCCUGGGACUGUGUGCAUCCACACAGCGUCAGCCGGCUGCUGCCUCGCUGUCAUUGGAGUGCAGUGACAUCCCCACACGACCCGCGCCUUCCCCGCCGUCAAAGGAACGACAGGAGGAAGACCUGCAGGGAGAAAAUGACAACCUGAGAUUCAAUCUCCACAACGCCAAUCUGCAGAAGGAGCUUGCACAGGCCGACAGGGAAAGACUGGCCAAGGAGAAUGCGCAGCUCAAGGCCGAUCAUGACCGGCGCAAGGGAAUGCUGGCCAACACACAACAGCUGCCCGUCCUCCCACCGUGCGCACAGAGCGGUGUGGCGUGGCGGCACGUGGCUAAGGGCGGCUACGGGGCUGUCAUGAAGGGCUGCCUGCCCGUGGCAAUGAAGAUGGCCCUUGCGGGCCAGCAGGACGUCCUCAUACACGAGGCAAAGGCAAUGAUGAGGAUGAAUCAUCCGCACAUCCUACGGCCGCUAGUCUUGCUGGAGGAUGAGGAGGGGCCGCAGGGCAUGGUGAUGGAGUGGUUUGGGAAGGGCGAUCUGCACACUAUCUCCAGGCGUGGUACCGGCCGCGACACGCUGCCGCUACAGCAGCAGCUGCACUACAUGAUACAGGCCUGCGACGGGAUGAUACACGCGAACGGCAUGGGCAUCUACAACUACGACAUUAAGCCGGAGAAUGUGUUCGUGCGCAAGGACGACAGCAUUGUCAUGGGCGACUGGGGCCUGGCUGUAUACUGCGAGAAGCCUGUCAGCUUCAGGGGCACGGUGGGCUACACGAUGCCCGAGGCCAUCGACCCGGCGCACAAAGUCACCGGUGGCGACAUGGACGCGUACGCCAUCGCCGCGGUGGGGGCGUCACUGCUCUCCGGCAAGCACAGAUUCUUUCAGCUGGAGGCGCUGUACGUGCAGCUGCCGGAGAGUGAGGUGACGCGCGUGCGUGAGGCGCUGGGGAAGGCCGGCCACAAUCUGACCUGCAAGCACCGGCAGCUCGCGAUGGCGCAGUAUAUGGGCUUCAUCGCUCUGGCGGUCCAGUCACCGCGGCAGCUGCCGCCCUGCGCCGACAAGUGGAUCCAGCACAUGACCGCGGCGCUGGCACCUGUGAAGGACCCAGCCUCGAGGAGCAGCUUCAGCCUGGAACACACUCGGCGCGUCGCCAUGGAAUGCCUGGCAGAGCUGAAGAAGGACGGGAAGGAGGGCUGGCGCGGGCUGUACAAGGCUAAGGCGGCCGCACCCGCCCCGACCGCCGCCCCGGCCGCACAGGCCGCACCAGCCGCAGCCUCCAGUGUUGCCAACCUCCCACAGGGCUUCCUGGACAGCCUGUGCAGGCUCAUCGGCUGA